AUGGCCGAUCAACCCAAAUUCCAUCCUGCUUUGACUAUCACCAAUGUUAAGUCCCUCAUUCCCAUAACGUUGGAUGCGGAGCAUGGCAUGUAUCACUCUUGGGCGGCUUUAUUCAAGGUCCCUAUUAGGGUUCAUGAUUUACAUCACCACAUCAUCUCUCCUACGGAGGCACAUGAGGUAGCCGCCUAUGCCGCAUCCAAAGCCGUAGACCCUGCUCUAUGGAAGCGACUCGAUGCCGCGGUGCUUCAAUGGAUAUACGGGACUAUAUCCACCGAUCUCCUUCACGCUAUCUUGCUUAAAGAUGACACAGCUCAAGGGGCGUGGGCUCGUCUCGAAUCUAUGUUUCAGGACAACAAGGCUUCUCGGGCUACUCAUCUUGAAGAGGAACUUGCGGACCUUAAUUUUGAGAAUUUUUCGUCGAUUGAUAGCUAUUGUAAUCACAUCAAGUCGUUGGUUGAUCAACUUGCCGAUGUUGAUGCCCCUCUCACCAACACAGCAGAUUGGUUCUCAAACUCACGACAAGGCUACCUGAGGCCUAUGCCGGGACGGUAG